UACUUUGAUCCCGGUGAGUUGGUUUCGGGGUUGGUGUGUUUUUCCCGGGGAGCUCGCCGCGGUUAGUUAACACUAGCUACUUAAAUUAAACGUUAAUUAGUUCACCGACAAACGUGUUUCUCCACAAAAUGAUCGGACAGAAAACUAUUCACUCGUUUUUUACGCCUGUGUCGAAAAAGAGGAUUUCUAAGGAUUUAAAUGAAGCCGAGGAGGAUGCAAAAGACCCGAAGAAGCAGAAGUCCUCGGCGCCGGAGGGAGAUGGUCCGCCGCAGCCGGGCAGCCCUCCUCUGUCCCCGGAUCAACUGGAGAGGAUCGCCCGCAACAAGAGAGCCGCGCUGGAGAGACUCGCUGCGGCACAAACGCCUCCAGGGUUCGGGGAGAGCUGGAGAAACGGACUGUCGGCGGAGUUUGGGAAGCCCUACUUUAAACAGUUGAUGAGUUUCGUUGCCGAUGAGAGGAAACGCCACACCGUGUAUCCACCUGCUGAGCAUGUGUUCACCUGGACGCAGAUGUGUGACAUCCGGGAUGUCAAAGUGGUGAUUCUUGGCCAGGAUCCGUAUCACGGUCCCAACCAAGCUCACGGGUUGUGCUUCAGUGUCAAAAGACCAGUGCCUCCUCCACCCAGUUUGGAGAACAUGUACAAAGAACUGGUCUCGGACAUUGACGGCUUUCAGCACCCAGGACACGGAGACCUGACUGGAUGGACCAAACAAGGUGUGUUGUUGCUCAACGCCGUGUUGACCGUGCGAGCGCACCAGGCAAACUCCCACAAAGACAAAGGCUGGGAGACGUUCACCGACGCCGUGGUGCAGUGGCUCAGCAACAACCUGGAAGGCCUCGUCUUCAUGCUGUGGGGAGCGUAUGCCCAGAAGAAAGGAGCCGCCAUUAACAGAAAACGCCACCACGUCCUGCAGGCUGUGCAUCCCUCUCCGCUGUCCGCCCAUCGAGGGUUUUUUGGGUGCAAGCAUUUCUCAAAGGCCAACGAGCUGCUUCAGAAAUCUGGAAAGUCUCCCAUAAACUGGAAGGCACUUUAAGUUUUGUGUGCUGGUUACCUACAGACCCACCCAUAAGCUCUUCUCCGUUUCCUGUUCUAGCAUCCUGAAUGUGCAGAGAUUCUUUAUGAAAGAGGUCGUGUCGGCUUCACGCUGUACACUGCUGACAGUUGUGAUACAUAUCUUUAUCAUCUGCACUCAUUUUCAACACUGUAAAUAUGUUUGUGUUUAUUUUUUUUUUUAACGUUUUUUUUUUACCUUUUUGUUAUCGAACAUUUGGUUCUAUUAAAGUGGUUCCAAAAAGUG